GUGCAUCUAGAGCUCUACCUGCGGUGUGUUGCGACCACUUCUUCGAGUUUACUUGUGCUCUCUCCCUCUUUCAAGCUAAAGAAAACCCAAGCUGUUGUAAGUUCAACUGUUUUUCUUCCCCCACUUCUUUUUUCAUCAUCAUCAUGGAAAUCGCUGACCGCCCGCUGUCUGAGAUCAUCAAGGAGCAGAAGAUCGACAAGGAGCUCCACCGUCGUCGCCGUGGCAACCGCACCGAGGGCAGCGGCGCCAAGAACAGCGGCGAGAAGAGCAACAGCCGCAGCAAAACCGGCGGCAGCAACACCGGCGGCAGCAACGGCAGGAACGGACGCAACCGCAGCGGCGGCGACGGCGGCUCUCGCCGUGGUGGUGAGAGCAACCGCAACCCCAACAACAAUGGUGGCCGCGUCGAGGGUGGCCGCCGUCGCUUCCGCACGGAUGGCGGACGCCGUCGCGGCGGCAGCGCAGUGGACGGAGGCAACCGCCGCCGCCUCGUAGGCCGCGAUGGCUCCCGUCCUCCCACCCGCGGAGGCGCCCGCAACCGUGACGACCGCCGUGACGAUCGCCGUGAUGACCGCGGCCGUCGCGGUGCCAAGUCGGGCCCGCGCCGCGGCCGCAUCUCCGAUGCGGAGCGCAACGACCGGCAGCGCAGCCGUGGACGCCGCUCCGCCCUGUCGCGCUCGCGCUUUGAUCGCGACAACUAA